CUUCUCGCUCAGCGGUGCGGGGUCCCGCGAAGGCUGAGUCCCAGCUUCACUCCCAGAGGUCUGUCCUGGGGAGACUUUGCUGCUCCGGGGGGCUGACCUGGUGGGGAGCGGCCGCGCAGUCCCCUCCGGCGCUGCUUUGUGUGCGCAGCCGCUGGCCCAUCUGCUCCCGGGUCUGCCCCCCUGGGACGUCCCCUUGCCCCGCCCCAGUCAUGCAACUAUACCUGCCUCGCCACUGCGGACCUUUGGGAAGCAGCUGCCCAUCCAGGGGGCUCCGGCCCUGACUGUGCCAGGAGCGGACCAAAACCUUGUGACUAAACUCAACUGUGGAACACCCAGAUUCUCCUCAGAAGUGAGAUUUUCCAAAGGACCAAUGACUCUGUGUCCCGUGGUCUUUCACUUUUUCCUACUCUGUAGCUAUGUCUCGAUCCCGCCAUGCAAGACCUUCCAAAUUAGUCAGGAGGGACAAUCUAAGCAAAAAGAAAAGCAGCCAGCUGAAGAAGACCUCCAAGCCAACCAACAAAAAUGUGGCAUCGGUCAAGAUGAUGAGCCCUGGAAAAUUAAAGCAAUUAAUUCAAGAAAGAGAUGUUAAGAAAAAAACAGAAGCCAAGCCACCCAUGCCAGUCAGAAGCCUUCUGACAAGAGCUGCAGCAGCACGAAUGAAUUUGGAAAGGACUGAGGUUCUUUUUCAGAACCCAGAGUCCUUAACUUGCAAUGGGUUUACAAUGGCUCUCAGAAGCACCUCUCUCAGCAGACGACUCUCUCAGCCCCCGGUGGUCAUAGCCAAACCUAAGAAAGUUCCACCUUCUAAGAAUUUAGAAAAGCAACGUGAGUGUGACUGUAAGGUGCUCACUGAUGUGGGAGUAAGACACUCAGAAAAUCAAUCAGACCUAGUGCAAGAUCCUCCAAUCCCUCCUGAUACGGAAAAUCUAAUUGCUGUCCAAAAUUCAUCUUUAAUAAUUAAAGGUGAGAGCCAAAAGACAACCCAGUCUUGGUCCCAAAGAAUUGAAGAUGCCAAAAUAAAUAUCCCCACUCACAGUGACCCUGCAGCAGAGAUCCAUUGUAAGUCUUUGGAAGGGACACAUGGUGAAGGGCUAUUCUCUGAAGAGACACUAAAUGAUAUCGAGGAUUACACUAGAAUGUUUGCUCAGGACACUGAGUGUGCUCCUUUGCCCCAAAGAGCAAUAUCCAACGUUACCUCUGAAAGAAACUCCAGUGUUCAGUUAGAAGAUUUGGGUUCACGAGUAGAAUCUCUUAAGCUAUCCGAUUCUCACUUGGAUCCCAUCAAAAGGGAACAUGAUUGUUAUCCCACCUCCAGCUUUAAUAAGGUUAUACCUGAAUUGGACCUUAGAAACUGUUUGUCUAUUGGUGGGUCUGUAUAUCCUACCUCUUUAAUAAAACUCCUCUUGGCAGGCUCAGAACAAGAAACCCUUGGUGCUAACUCAGAUCAUCAAGAGGCCCUCAAGGCUACCCUAGAUCAACAGGAAGUUUCUGGUGCUACCCCAAAUCAACAAAAAAUUCCUGAUACCAGCAGUGUCCUAGGAGAGGUCUUCAGUGCUACCCCACAUCAAUGGAAAGUUCCUGGUGUUAACCCAGUUUGUGGAGAGGCCCUAGGUGAGACCUCAAGCCUACCAGAGGUUCCUGGUGCUAUUGCAGUCCAAGGAGAGGUCUUUGGUGCUAUCCUAGACCAACAGGAAACCCUUGGUGUAAGUGGUGGUGCUGUCCCAGACCUGCCUAUCUUCUUUGCUGCUCCUCCAGACCCAAUUGUCACUUAUCAUGUUCCCCCAGAAUGGCCUGAGCCCCAGAGCACUGUCUCAUCUGGGCUUGAGGCCCAGGGUGCUAUGCGGAUUUUGCCUUUGGGCUACUCAGGUCAUGCUCCUCAAUCAUCAUCAAACUCAGAGAAAAAUUUGGUACCUCCAGCAAUGGCUAUACGCAAUAAAGAAAAUGAGAAGCAAGUUCAUAUCAGCUUUCUGCCAGUAUACUCUCAGAGGUUCACAUUAGUCCCUGAGAAAGAACUAUACCAGGCUUCGCUGAGUGUUGUCCCGCUCUCCCAGCCCGAUCCCAGGAAAUCGGUAGGAGGGAAUUCUCAGGUCCACACGACCAGCACGGUUGAUGUUGCCAACCCCACACUGGUGUCUAUGUCAGUGUCACUUGCCAGUACCUCUUCUUCCUAUACAACUUUGCUACCUACUUUGGAAAAGAAGAAACGAAAGCGAUGUGGAGUCUGCGGGCCUUGCCAGCUGAAGACCAACUGUGGUGAAUGUACUUACUGUAAGAAUAGAAAGAACAGCCAUCAAAUCUGUAAGAAGAGGAAAUGUGAGGAACUAAAAAAGAAACCAUCCAUCGUUGUUCCUUUGGAGGUUAUAAAGGAAAACAAGAGGCCCCAGAGAGAAAAGAAGCCCAAAGUUUUAAAGGCAGGUUUUGACAACAAACCAGUAAAUGGCCCCAAGUCAGAAUCCAUGGAAUACAGUAGAUGUGGUCAUGGGGAAGAACAAAGAUUGGAAUUGAACCCACACCCCCUUGAAAAUGUAACUAGAAAUGAAGAAAGCAUGACAGGUAUCGAAAUAGAGAAGUGGACACAAAACAAGAAAUCACAUUUAACCGAUCAUGUCAAAGGAGAUUUCAGCGCAACUGUGCCAGAAGCUGAAAAAUUGAAAAACUCUGAAGAUGACAGGAAAAAAGUCCCACUUACUGACCUCCUUGAACCUCAGAAGUUUGCACAAACUGUAAGAAAUGGCAUUAAAAAUGUACACUAUUUACCAACUGAAAAUUUUAAUAUUGAAGAAUUUGGCAAGGCACUUGAAAACAAUUCCUAUAAAUUCCUGAAAGACACUGCAAACCAUAACAAUGCCAUGAGCUCCAUCGCUACUAGUACGAGCUGUGAUCAUCUCAAGGAAGGGAGCAAUGUUUUUGUCUUCCAUAAGCCUGGCUUUAACUCCAAGUCUGUUCCAGAUCCCACAAACUUCAAUUUAAAUAAUCAUACCGGUACGCACAAUGAAAGCAAUCAGCCAAAAACUCCUGAGAAUGCACCCAUUAAAGAACCAAAAGAUGGGUCUCCAGUUCAACGAAGUCUGUUUUCCCUAGUGAAAGACAGAAGGUUAACACUCGAGCAAAUGGUGGCCAUAGAGGCCUUGACUCAACUCUCAGAAGCUCCGUCAGAGAAUUCCUCACCAUCAAAGUCAGAGAAGGAUGAAGAAACAGAUCAGAGAACAGCUGCUUUGUUUAAUAGCUGUAAAGUUUUUCUCUGUUCGGUAAGAGAAGACCCAAACUCUCAAGGGGAGCCACAAAGCCUGCAUCACUUUCCAUCUUUGGAAAAGCAGAGUUCAUGCAACAUGGUGAUAUUCAAUGGCCAACAUACCGUUUGCAAGUCACACAGCAGCACAGUUACUAACCAGGCACCCACUAAGUCACAGGAAUAUUCAAAAGUCACCAAUUCAAUAUCUCUUUUUGUACCAAAUUCAAAUUCAUCUAAAGCUGACGCCGGUAAAAAUGUUGCUCAAGGUAAAAUUACUCUUGACAGUUAUUCGAAGAAUGUGCAUCAGCUCCCACCAAGAAGUAAUCAGUCGGAAUAUUCUAACCAGUUACUGGACAGCAGUAAAAAGUUGGACUCAAAAGAUGAUCCAUCCUGUCAGGACACAGCUCACAGUCAAAUAGAGGAAGAUGUUGCAACACAGUUAACACAACUUGCAUCAAUAAUUAAAUUCAAUUAUAUAAAAGCAGAGAACAGAAGAGGUGAAAGCACACCUGCAAGCCUUCCUGAACAUAAUGCGCAGGAGAAGAGCAUCAUACGACAGAAGCCACCCCCAAGUGUACAGAAUAAUCACGGCUCAUCGCUAACAACGCAAAAGAACACAUCCCAGAAAAAGACAAAACCCACCCCACCAAGAGAUCGACGAAAAAAGAAGCCUGCCAUCCUAAGUUGUGAAGAAAUUGACCGGAAGAAGCAGGAACAGUUGGCAGAGGAGUAUAGGAAAUUGUAUGAGAUUUGGGUGGCAUCCAAAUUUCAAAGAUAUGGUCAGUUUGUCCCACGUUGUUUUCCUAUCCUCUUAGGAAAAAUUCCCCCCGUAACCAAAGUACGGAAACCACUGACUCAAAAGAGUUCAGCAUUCCAACACAAAAAAUUAUUUCCUCCACUCGCGCAGAUAAAAUUUGAGAGAUAUUAUCCUGAAUUAGUACAGGAAAAAGUGGUAAAGGUUGAACCACUGGAUUCUUUCUCUUUAUCCCAGUUCAAAACAGAAUCCAAUGGGCAGGCGUUUACAGACAAAGCUUACAGUUCUCAGGUACAGCCAACAGGGAAUGUCAACGAGAAAGCUCAUCCCUUGUCCCGGCCCUCCUCUCCAACUAGCCAGUGCGUUAAUCUCAUGGCUGGUGACGACCAAACACGGAUUCAGCAGGAUGUUAACGAGCAACUCACGCAUCAGAGACUGCCAACAUUGCCUGGUAUCUCUCAUGAGAGACCCCUAUCGGACCCAGCACAAAUUCUCAGGAAUGUAAAUGUAGUAUGUUCAGGUGGAAUUACGGUGGUUUCAACCAAAAGUGAAGAGGAUGUCUGUUUGUCUAGUGCCGGAGCAUCAGAAUUUUCUCCAGGAGACAGUGCACAGAAAAGUUUUAAUGAUUAUGCCAUGAACUUCUUUACUAACCCCACAAAAAACCUGGUGUCUACAACAAAAGAUUCUGAUCUGCCAUCCUGUAGUUGUGUAGAUCGAGUUAUACAAAAAGACAAAGGUCCAUAUUAUACACACCUUGGGGCAGGACCAAGUGUUGCUGCUGUCAGGGAAAUCAUGGAGAAUAGGUAUGGUCAAAAAGGAAAUGCAAUCAGGAUAGAAAUAGUAGUGUAUACGGGCAAAGAAGGAAAAAGCUCUCAUGGGUGUCCAAUUGCUAAGUGGGUGUUAAGAAGAAGCAGUGAUGAAGAGAAAGUUCUCUGCUUGGUCCGGCAGCGGACAGGCCACCACUGCCCAACAGCCGUGAUGGUGGUGCUCAUCAUGGUGUGGGACGGCAUCCCUCUCCCCAUGGCUGAUAGGUUAUACACGGAGCUCACCGAGAGUCUCAAGUCAUACAAUGGUCAUCCCACUGACCGAAGAUGUACCCUCAAUGAAAAUCGUACCUGUACAUGUCAAGGAAUUGAUCCAGAAACUUGUGGAGCUUCAUUUUCUUUUGGCUGUUCAUGGAGUAUGUAUUUCAAUGGCUGCAAAUUUGGUAGAAGUCCCAGCCCCAGAAGAUUUAGAAUUGAUCCAAGUUCUCCCUUACAUACCUACUAUGAAAGAAUUACUAGCGGACGUAAUCCAGAAAGAAGAUGUAUGAAACCGGAACGAAUCUGUCCGGAACACGAGGCCAUGGAAAAAAACCUUGAAGAUAAUUUGCAGAGUUUGGCUACACGAUUAGCUCCAAUUUAUAAGCAAUAUGCUCCAAUUGCUUACCAAAAUCAGGUGGAAUAUGAACACGUUGCCCGAGAAUGUCGGCUUGGCAGCAAGGAAGGUCGUCCCUUCUCUGGGGUCACUGCUUGCCUGGACUUCUGUGCCCAUCCCCACAGGGACAUUCACAACAUGAAUAAUGGAAGCACUGUGGUUUGUACUUUAACACGAGAAGAUAACCGCUCAUUGGGUGUUAUUCCUCAAGAUGAGCAGCUCCAUGUGCUACCUCUUUAUAAACUUUCAGACACAGAUGAGUUUGGCUCAAGGGAAGGAUUGGAAGCCAAGAUCAAAUCUGGGGCCAUCGAGGUCCUCACACCUCGCCGCAAAAAAAGAACACGUUUUACUCUGCCUGUUCCUCGUUCUGGGAAGAAAAGGGCGGCGAUGAUGACAGAGGUUCUCGCUCAUAAGAUAAGGGCGGUGGAGAAGAAACUCAUUCCUCGAAUCAAGCGGAAGAAUAACUCAGUGACAAACAACAGUAAGACUUCAUCACUGCCGCUUUUAGGGUGUAAAACCGAGACCUUGCAACCUGAAAUAAAAAGUGAAACUGAACCACAUUUUAUCUUCGAAGGUUCAGACAACACUAAAACCUACUCACUGAUCCCAUCCAUUCCUCACCCAGUGAAAGAGGCCAACUUACCUCCAAGCUUCUCGUGGUCCCCUAAGAGUACUUCGGCCACAACAGCUCCAUUUAAGAAUGACGCAACAGUCUCCUACAGGCUUUCAGAAAGAAGUAGCAAUCCCCACUGCACAAUGCCUUCUGCCAGACACAGUGGUGCUAAUGCAGCUGCUGGGGAAAGCACUGGAAUUGCACAGUCUGAUGAAUCGGCUCCUCUUCCCACCUUGUCUACUGCCAUGACGGAUUCCCUGGUUUAUUCUGAGCCUCCCAUUGGUGCAACUGAGCAGCUAACUCCUAAUCAGCCAAACCAGCAGCCCCUGUUCAUCACCUCUCCUCAUGAACUUGCUCCCUCUGUGGCAGAAGAAGAUGAGCAGCAUUCUGAAGCAGAUGAGCCUCUGUCUGAUGAGCCCCUUUCAGAUGAUCCCCUGUCACCUGCUGAGGAGAAAUUGCCCCACAUCGAUGAGUAUUGGUCAGACAGUGAGCACAUCUUCCUGGAUGCCAAUAUUGGUGGGGUGGCAAUAGCACCCUCCCAUGGGUCUGUUUUGAUUGAGUGUGCCCGGCGAGAGCUUCAUGCUACGACUCCUGUCGAGCAUCCAAACCGGAAUCAUCCUACACGCCUCUCCCUCGUCUUCUACCAGCACAAAAACCUGAAUAAGCCCCAACAUGGUUUUGAACUAAACAAGAUUAAAUUUGAGGCUAAAGAAGCUAAGAAUAAGAAAACUAAGGCUUCAGAGCAGAAAGACCAGGCAGCUAAUGAAGGUCCUGAACUGUCCCCUGAAGUUAAUGAAUUGAACCAAAUUCCUUCACAUAAAGCAUUAACAUUAACCCAUGACAAUGUUGUCACCGUGUCCCCUUAUGCUCUCACACAUGUUGCAGGGCCCUAUAACCGUUGGGUCUGAAAGCUUUUCUCCCCUUCUUAAUGCCUUUGCUAGUGCAGUGUAUUUUUUCAAGGUGCUGUAAAAAGAAAGUCAUGUUAUCGUUUACUAUAUCUUCAUCUCACCCAUUUGAAGGCUGAGGUAAAAAAAAAAAAAAAUGGGGUGGGGAUUUCUUAACUGUGACUAUAUUUUGACAAUUGGUAGAAAGUGCACAUUUUAAGCAAAAAUCAAAAGUUUUAUAGUUUUAAAUACAUAAAGAAAUGUUUUGGUUAGGUGUUAACCUUGAUAGAAUCACUCAGUUUGGUGCUUUAAAUUAAGUCUGUUUACUAUGAAACAAGAGUCAUUUUUAGAGGAUUUUAACAGGUUCAUGUUCUAUGAUACAAAAUCAAGAUACACAGUGUUAACUCUACACAGCUCCUGGUGCUUAACCACAUCGACACAGUUAAAAAUAAGCUGAAUUAUUAUUUCAUGGUGCCAUUGUUCCAACAUCUUCCAAUCAUUGCUAGAAAAUCGGCAUAUUCCUUUGAAAUAAACCAAUGAAAUGUUUUCUCUCGAAAUAUUUCUCCUGCAUAAAAUAAUUCAUUAUUGUUAGUAAUGGUUGGAGGCUGUUCAUAAAUUGUAAAUAUAUAUUUUAAAAGCACUUUCUAUUUUUAAAAGUAACUUGAAAUAGUAUAAGAAUCUUAUUGUCUAUUGUUUGUGCAUAUUUGCAUACAAGAGAAAUCAUUUAUUCUUGCUGUGUAGAGUUCCAUCUUGUUAACUGCAGUAUGUAUUCUAAUCAUGUAUAUGGUUUGUGUUUUUUUUUUAAUGUGUCCUUUCUCAUUCAAAUACUAGCUACUUAUAUAAAAUAGUUAGAUAAUGAAAAAAUGUUAAUUAUCUCUAAAAUUGAAAUUAGGAAACAUUACCGAUUCUGAUUAACAUUUUCUUUGGAACUAAUUAAGAGUGAUAUCUUCUGAAAUAGUGAGCAACUGUGGCCCAAAUUUACCUUCAUCCUGACUUUCUCAAUAUAAUCCAUGAGAGGUGUUUCCAAAAGGAGAUUGGACAGAAUAGGAUUCUGAAGAGUCAAAUGCUUCCAGUGUUUCCAGGUGAUAAAAGACAAAAAGAAAUUAGCUGAGCCCUAUCCACUUCAAAUUGCCUUAUCUGUUCUGAAAGUCAAUCUGGUAUAGAAUAAGAGAAAAAAUUCCCUGUCGAAAUCUUUUGUUGAAGACAAUAGCAUCAUCACACCCCUAACCACAGCCUAAAUAAACAGUUGGACUGGUAUUACAAGAAUGGUUUUGUCCAUCAAGAACUAAUCCAUAGUCAUUUAUCUUAGCAUACUAGUUUUGGGAAAAUGAUUUUUUUUACCUUCGCUGAUAAUUGCCUAUGCUCUAGGUAACAGGGAAAUAGGCAUCCCGUUUAUUUUAGUCCUCCUUUUGUUUGUUCCCAUUUUUAUUGGCUUAUUUUACAGAAAAACUAAAAAGAUUGUUUGCCCAAGUAAAAUGUUCAGGACAAGAACUUUCAAUGAAAUACUUGAUUCUGUUAAAAUGCAGAGGUGCUAUAACAUUAAAAGUGUCAGAUUCCUUGGGAGCAUGGAAAACCUAAAGGUGCUUCUCCCUUGAAAAUGCCAUAGGAAGCCCACAACCGCUAAUACUCAUAAUUUUGGUGCAAAAGCAAACAGUUCCAGCAAGCUCUCUAAAGAAAAAACUCAUAACUUAUAUUAAAAUAAUAUAUGGUGCAAAGUAUAAGUUUCAAGCUUUUGACUAACCCAAGUAAAGGAAUAUGAAGGGAUUGUAAAUAACGAAAUGUCCAUUGACAGACCAUCAUCUUGUACAAGUAGAUUUCUGCUUCUUGAACAUGUACAAUAGGGUAAUUCAUUGACUUGUUUUAGUAUUUUGUGUGCCUUAGAUUUCCGUUUUAAAACAUGUAUAUUUUUGUGAGUCUAAGGUUUUCUUAUACAUAUAAGCAUAUAAAUAAAUGAUUGUUUAUUGCUUCAGCUGCUUCAAUGAGAUAUUUACUAGUAUUAGACUAUCAGGAAUAAACCCUCGUGAUAUUAUGUUUUAGAUUUUAGGCAUUAGCUCCCACUAGAAAUUAUUUCCUCACCAGAUUUAAUGGAUAAAGUUGUAAGGCCCUUUAUCCAUCCAUCCAUCUAUCCAUUCUUUCAUU